UCAUUGAAAAAUUAUUCAAAUAGAAAAAUCUUUAAAAAACUAAUUAAAAAAAUUAAUAUAUUUUUUCAAACAUUUUCUGCAAGUAAUAAAUAAGUACAAUUUUCAUUUUCAAAAUGCUCACAGCUUACAGUGUAAAAUUACCUAAUCCGCACAAGAAAUGUGUAAGGGAACUAUUGAAUUACUUAACAUGUUUUGACAACGAUUACCAAAGGAUUAAUAUCGAAUUAAGGAAUAUUCAAAAGGAGUUCAAACAGUCAAUAGACAAUGUUGUUUUUUACUGUUCCGAAUUGCGUAAAUUAGCUUGUGCAUCGGAUGAAAAGCUUGAUCAGUUUCAAAAGAAUGUUGAAAACAUUGACGCUAUAACAGACAGUUUCAAUAAGCGCAUUGAAAAUUUGCAAAAGAAACGAGAAGAAACCGUAGAGAAAUCAAAGAAGUGUUUUGAACAAUUAGAAGUUGAAAAAAUGAGGCUAAAACAUUUCCAUCAGAAAACCAUCAACCAUUUGAAGUCUUUUGCUGCUCAUGCUAAAGAUCCUGAAAUAGUAAAGAAUUGCGAAAAAGACAUAAACGAAAUAAAUAAACAGUUCUCCAAAGAGUUGUCCUAUAUAAAAAAGUGUGAGGGUGUUCUGGAUUAUUUUUAUCAGUUACUCAAAGUAAACAAAUCUCAAGUGUGUCAUUUUAAUGAAUAUGAAUGGGUACCUCAGGGAAAAUCAACAGAAAUCGUGGACUCCAUUGCUAAGGAAAUUCAAGAUUCCAUGGGAACUACAUUAAGAAAUGUAUUUGCUCAUCUACAUAUUCAUCAGCCGAAUGACACAAAUAGUUAUUUAGCUCAAUAUCUUAUGACAUUGGUUCAUAAUGAAAAAAUUGUGAGAGAAAAAUUAGAAGUUUUUGCUAAUUAGAUUUUUUAACAUUUGUUAGAUGUACAACAAAUUAUUACAUAUUUACAUAUUGACGAAAUUUUUAUUAGAUUUUCUAUAAUAAAACGAUAUCGACCCCAUCAAAUGUUUUUAAAAUUUUAUAGGAUUUAUUUUUCUUUAAAACAAAUUUUUUGUAAUGUUUAAUUUUAAAUCAAAGUACAAGGGAAACCGUAUUCACGCGGCACUCGUACAUGUAAGUGAGUAAUUUAAUAUAUGUGAGAUUUGGACUACUUGUUAUACUUUGCUUAAAACUAUAUUGAAAUCAAAUAAAUUUGUUAAGAAAAUUAA